AGUUAGUCAUUUUUUUACGGAUCUACAUUUUGUUGAAAUAUAUUCGAUCAGUAUUUCAUUUGUGUAUAAGUUUAUUUGAUGAUUCAAAUCACAAUAGUUAGUUGAUUUUUUUAGAAAUUUUGCAAGUUGGAUACAAAAUCAACUGUAGAUUUAAUAGUUUACAGUGCGUAUCGUAUUCAAUUAUUAUAAGUUUGUCAUCAGGUCUACAUAAAGAAUAAACCUAACGCCUAUAAAAUGAUUGAAGAUUAUUUUGGAAAAGGAAAUAAAUCGACUGCUUCUAUUAUUCCAAAACCUAGUUACUAUAAAGGCCCUAAACAUGAACCGUUGAAAAACAUGACCGUUGGAAAUUUGAUUGAUGAAGCGGCAGAAAAAUAUCCGAACAGAGAAGCUAUAGUUUCUGUACAUCAAAACCGAAAAAUUACUUUCUCAGAUCUUAAGCAUGAGGUAGACGAGUUAGCUGCUGGUCUUUUGGAAAUUGGGAUGAAACCAGGUGACCGGUUAUGUUUAAUGGGUUCGAAUUCAGUAGAAUGGGAAAUCACAUUAUUAGCAUCAAUUAAAGCUGGCAUAAUUGUGGUAAAUAUAAAUCCAUUGUAUAUGAAAAAUGAACUUCAUCAUUGUCUGAGCAAAGUUGACGCAAAAAUGCUGAUUGCCCUCGAAUUUCACCCAAAUCAAAACUAUUAUGAGUUACUGAAAAAUAUUGUUCCGGAAAUUGCUCAGCAACCUCAUGGUAAACCAGUUACUACUAGACACUUGCCUAAUUUAGAGUUUAUAGUGAUGAACACAGAAAAAAACCUACCUGGAGUCAUUAAAUACUGGGACGUAUGUCAAUCGGGCACGAUCAAAUCAACAUCAUACUUGAAAAAAAUUAGCCGCGAAUUAAAUCCUCAAGCAAUAUGCAACAUACAAUUUACUUCUGGGACAACUGGUGCACCGAAAGGAGCGUGUUUGACUCAUAGUAAUAUUGUGAACAACUCCUAUUUCUUUUGCAAGAGAAUGAUGUUAAUGGAAAAGGAACACCGAAUAUUGUUGCAAGUUCCAUUCUUUCACACUUUUGGAACUGUAAUUGGCAUUAUGGUAAGUUUAAAUAGCGGUAGUGCACUGAUACUGCCAGCAUUUGGUUAUAAACCAAUUGAAUCUGCGAAGGCCAUUUUUGCUGAAAAGUGUACAAUUUUGUAUGGAACACCAACGAUGUACAUAGAUUUGAUUAACGCUUCCAAAGAACUAUUGGAUCAAGGGCAUACAUUUACUACUCCUGAAAUUGGAUUAUGCGCAGGUGCGCUGUGUUCGCCCAGUUUAUUCAAACAAAUUAAAACCACAUUCAAUCUCAAAAGAAUCGCGUCGAUCUACGGCAUGACAGAAGCGAGUCCUAUUGUGUUCCUUUCUAAUGUCGAUGAGUCUGAACACAAAGCGUUAACUACAGUUGGUCAAGUGCUCGAUCACUCUGAAGCUAAAGUUGUGGAUAAAAAUGGGAUCACUGUACCGAUGGGCAGACCUGGAGAGGUUUGGUUUAAAGGCUACAACGUUAUGCCUGGCUACUGGAAUGACGAGGAAAUGACGAAAAAGGCAAUAGACGACGACGGAUGGCUUAAAUCUGGUGAUAUUUUAAUUAUGAGUGAAGAUGGUUAUGGUGUGGUGACGGGCAGGAUUAAAGACAUUAUAAUCAGAGGCGGUGAAAACAUACAACCGCAGGCAAUCGAGUAUUUUUUGGAAUCUCAUCCAGAAAUUAUCCAAGCACAGGUGUUUGGAAUACCAGAUGAGAGACUUGGUGAAGUAGUAUGCGCCGCUAUAAAAAUUACAAAAGGAUCUACCAUUGACGAAGAAACUGUAAAAAAUUAUUGCAAUGGCAACAUCGCAAGAUUUAAAGUUCCAAACCACGUUAUGAUCAUAGACGAUUUUCCAAAAACAGUCUCUGGGAAAAUUCAAAAGUUUAAACUUCGUGACAUCAUGCAGGAUUAUAUAAGAAAUAUGAAAAAUUGUCAAUGAUAUUUGUUAAUUAUUUUUUUGGUUCAGCGCUAAUAUGAGUGAAUUAGUCUUAUAAUAAUUUAUUGGAAACACCUAAUUGCAAAUUAUGUUUUGAGUUCAUAGACAAGUAGGAACAGUUGUUAAUAUUAAUUAUGAUGGUCUUUGUUGAAACAUCAAAAAGAUAGUUACAUUAUAUUAUGAACAUUGAAGUAUAA